ACAAAUGUGGCGUAAACCACGUCAACUCGGAGAAAGCCCAAAGUGGCUGCCGUGUGGUGACCUCACAUCCUGUUUUCCCCGUCCUGGAGGAGGACUGGCUCUGGACGGUACGGUCUCGGCUCAGCGUGAGUUCUGAGCGGACCUCACGGUGACAGCAGAGGACAUCCGAACAGAACCCCCUCCCCGGGCUAUGCUGCGUCCUGCGUGUUGACUCAGGAGGAAGGAGGCGUCGUCGUUGCAGUGACAGAAUGAAGACAAAGGAAGAGGUGAAGCUCAUCAACCAGGGCCUGGAGGAUGAGAUGGAGGUUUGGGGUUACCGGCUCUGUCAGUGGAAGAUGAUCCUGGUGGGUGUGGGGGUCGUCUGCUCCGGUGGUCUUUUACUACUGCUGCUUUACUGGCUACCUGAGUGGAGAGUCAAGGGAACAUGCACACGCACCUCGCUGAAGGACGCUCACAUUCUGCUGCUUAGGACAACUGAUGAGUUCAGGCAGUGGUUUCGAGUCAAAGUGUGUGUGAUUCUGGCGCCAGGAAGAAAACCUUUUGAUUUGGAUUCACUGCACAAAACUCAGCUACAAAAUGGAGACAUGGACCAUAAUGUGUGCUUCGUGCACCAAGAACAUCAUGAAAAAAUUUAUGGUCACCAUGUUCGGAUAAAACACUUCACUCACCACACCACCAGAUACUUCUGGAAUGAGGAGAUGCAGAACUUUGAAUUAUACCAAGGCCUGGAGGAUGUAAAGAUGAGCUGUGCACUCGUCCACUCUGAACACAGCUCUGGACUUUCUAAAACCCUGCAGGACUAUAGGAGGUUGUUUUUUGGGGAGAAUGAGAUAGCUGUGAGAAUUCCCUCUCUGUUCAAGCUUCUUAUCAAAGAGGUUUUGAACCCUUUUUACAUCUUUCAACUCUUCAGUGUUAUUUUGUGGAGUGCUGAAAACUACUUCUACUUCGCCUCAGCCAUAGUUUUUAUGUCCAUCAUAUCAAUAGCUACCUCAUUGUAUACUAUUAGAAAGCAAUAUGUGAUGCUACACAACAUGGUGGCAGCACACAGUGUGGUUAGAGUUUCAGUGUGCCGUGGAAACAAAGAUAUCGAACAGGCCAUGUCAACAGAGCUUGUCCCCGGUGAUGUCAUCUCUAUUCCAGCAAAUGGGAUGGUAAUGCCCUGCGAUGCCAUCCUUUUCCAGGGAAACUGUGUUGUAAAUGAGAGUAUGCUGACAGGCGAGAGCGUUCCUGUGACCAAAACCAGCCUACCUAGUUCAGGUGACGACGCAGCUAGGCUCUACGACAUGGAGGAGCACAAGAGACACACACUGUUCUGUGGAACCCAUGUCAUCCAGACCCGGUACUACACAGGUGAACUGGUGAAGGCUGUUGUGGUCAGAACAGGUUUUAGUACCGAAAAAGGUCAGCUCGUACGCUCCAUCCUCUACCCUAAACCCACGGACUUCAAGUUGUACCGUGAUGCUUACCUGUUCCUGCUGUGUCUGGUCGGGGUCGCAGGGAUCGGCUUCAUCUACACCAUUGUCCUCAGUAUCAUGAGCAAGGUUCCAGCUAAAACUAUAAUCAUUGAAUCUUUGGACAUCAUCACCAUUACUGUCCCCCCAGCCUUACCUGCAGCCAUGACAGCCGGUAUUGUGUAUGCUCAGCGGCGCUUGAAGCGUACCGGCAUUUUCUGCAUCAGCCCCCAGAGAAUCAACAUGUGCGGCCAGCUUAACCUGGUCUGCUUCGACAAGAAUGGUAAAUAUGGAGCUGGGAAGGAAGAAGAGGGCAGCAUGGUGGCGCAGUUGGAGAGCUGUUGCCUCAGCGAGAAGUUUGCCGGUUCAAAUCCCGGCCCAGGACCAGGGAGACCACAGAGACGUUUUUCUCCACCAGAGUUAGAUGCAGCUAACGAGAGUCUGGUGAACACCAUGUUUGUGGCCUGUAUGGCAACCUGUCACUCACUGACCAGGAUAGAGGGGGAACUCUCUGGAGACCCUUUAGACCUCAAGAUGUUUGGCGCUACAGGCUGGAUAUUAGAAGAGCCAACGGAAGAAGAGACUGCGCUCCACAAUCUGUUAAUGCCCACAGUCGUUCGACCUCCAAAGCACAGCACGCCUGAAGCAAAUCAGAACCAACAAGUCCAGGACAAGUCCUGUGAGAUUGGUAUCGUGCGUCAGUUUCCCUUCUCUUCAGCGCUGCAGAGGAUGAGUGUGGUAGUUAGGAGGUUGGGGGAGAAACACAUGGAAGCCUUCCUGAAGGGGGCCCCGGAGGUUGUGGCCAGCCUUUGCAAACCUCACAAAGUCCCACAGAGUUUCACAGAGACUUUGGAGAGCUACACGAGGAAGGGCUUCAGGGUCAUAGCUCUGGCGCAUCGACAGCUAGAGUCCAAACUUUCAUGGCACAAAGUCCAGAACCUCAGCAGGGAUCUGAUCGAGACCAACAUGGACUUCCUGGGUUUGAUCAUCAUGCAGAACAAAAUCAAACCAGAGACUGCCGGUGUUUUAUGUGAACUACAACAAGCCAACAUUCGUACUUUAAUGGUCACAGGAGACAACAUGCUGACAGCCAUUUCUGUGGCUCGAGACUGCGGGAUGGUUCGUCCUCACGAGAAGGUCAUUAUUGCUGAUGCUGUGCCCCCCAAAGACUCCUACCCUGCCAGCAUCACGUGGUGUUACACCGACAUCCCUGCUCAGACUGUCAAGGACAAUCAGAGUGCAGAGAUACCCAUGGAGGAGGGGGCGCAUCACUUCGCUGUGAGCGGCAGAGGCUUUGCUGUCAUCACAGAACACUUUCCUCACCUCCUUCAGAAGCUCACACUAAGAGCCACUGUGUUUGCUCGCAUGGCUCCAGACCAGAAGACUCAGCUGGUGGAAAUCCUGCAGGGUGUUGACUACAUCGUUGGGAUGUGUGGCGAUGGUGCCAAUGACUGUGGAGCCCUGAAGAGAGCUCACAGUGGGAUUUCUCUGUCAGAGCUGGAGGCAUCAGUAGCUUCCCCAUUCACCUCGUCCACCUCCAACAUUUCCUGCGUCCCCAACCUCAUCAGGGAGGGCCGAGCUGCUCUCAUCACAUCUUUCUGCGUUUUUAAGUUCAUGGCUCUCUACAGCAUCAUCCAGUACAUCAGUGUCAUCCUGCUCUACUGGAUUCUCAGUAACUUGGGAGACUUCCAGUUUCUCUUCAUCGACCUCGUCAUAAUUCUCAUCAUCGCCUUUACAAUGAGUCUGAAUCCAGCAUGGAAGGAACUGGUGUGGCGUCGCCCCCCAUCUAGUCUGAUCUCUGGCCCGCUGCUCUUCUCAGUUCUGACCCAGAUCCUCACCUGCCUGGCUUUCCAGGUCCUGGCUUUUUUCUUGGUACAAAAGCAGAGCUGGUACGAGACGUGGACGCCUCAGUCUGAUGCCUGCAAUGGCUCCAGACCCGGGUUCUAUCGCAGCCUGAACGUGACGACUUCCCCCGACCAUAAAAACAUCAGGAACUACGAGAACACCUCCCUCUUCUACGUCUCCUCCUUCCAGUAUCUGAUGGUGGCCAUCGUUUUCUCCAAAGGGAAGCCCUUCAGGCAGCCGAGCUACAAAAACUGGCCGUUCAUGCUGUCCUGUGUUGGACUGUAUUCUUUCCUCCUCUUCAUCAUGCUGUAUCCUGUCCCCGCCAUCGAUCGAUUCCUCGAGAUUGUGUGCGUUCCUCAUGACUGGCGUGUGACUCUGGUCAUCAUCGUUGCGGCGAAUGCGGUCGUGUCUUUCCUACUGGAGGAGGCCAACGACCGCUGGGGGGCGACUUUCCUCUCUCGGUUAUUCUGUCAGAGGAACAAGCCCCCGAGGGUGCUCUACAAGCAGCUCGCUCUGGAGCUGCAGGAUGCUGCCGACUGGCCCCCCAAACCCUCCUCGGUUACAUACGCCAGUGACCCACUGCUCUGCAUCUCUGCUUCCCUCUGAUUCAGACAGACUCGGCUUGAUGUUUAAACCAGCCUGGUGUUCAGAAUGAGCUACAAGCUGCUGGACUCCAGCAAGAAGGACUCAAUCAGGACUAAUUAACCAGCACUGUGAACUCCUCAUGUUUAGUCCUCCUUCACUUGGAUUCACCUCAUCUUCUUUUAAACCUUGAGUUUUAUUUCUAACUGCUGAAACUUGAACCAGAUUGCAAAAAAAGAGUUUCUGCACUCAUCCUGUAAAAUAGGAAGGCUUCAUCAGCCUUUAGUUUUUUUAAAGCAGGGACCAACAGCUGACAUGGCUCAAUAUGCUGCCUUCAAGGUCACUUUUUAAAGAGAUGUUCAUGUGUAUUUACAAAGACAAUGUUAAACCACAUUCUGAAACAUUACAAACCCAUGACUGAGGACGAAGAGAAAACGGCUAAUAACUGUCCUGCAGUUCCCCCCGUGCCCAAUAAACAAUGUGGGAAGACAUUAGGAAUCAAAAAACAUCAACGUUAAACCUAUUCCAGCACACAUGGAAGUGGUGUUCUGUGGAAAACUUAUGAAUAGUUAAUUUUUAAUCUGUUUCAUAUGACACCAAAAGGACUUCUGUGUUUGGUUGAAAAUUUUGUUAUAACAAUACUUCUUGGUAGGGAUGCACGAUAUUGGAUUU